UUAAAUAAAAGGGUUUCUCUUCUUCUUCUUCUUCUUCUUUUUCUAUUACUUCUCAAUCCCUCCAUAGAUAUCUCUCCUCAAGCUCUCUCUCUCUCUCUGGUUGCGGCAGAGAUUCAUUUCCAUUCUAACCCCAUGGUAUAAGAGUGCGAUGAUGACUUAUAUAAAUUGUGACUGGUGAAGGUGAAUGAAGAGUACUUUUCUAACUGCAUAAUGGCCUAUCUUGAUAUCAAAUAUUAUAGGAGAUGAAAUUAGUUAAAAUAAUUUAGAACGGCUAGCUGGUUAUGGAGAAUAUUGAAAGGUCACCUGAGAAAGCCUUCUCGAAUGGAGAUGUUUACUUUGGAAGUUUUAAGGGAGCACUUCCACAUGGUAAGGGAAAAUAUACAUGGUCAGAUGGGACCGUCUACGAGGGGGACUGGGAAGAUGGAAAAAUGACAGGAAAAGGGCAAAUAACUUGGUCAUCAGGAGCUCAAUACGAGGGUGAUUUUGCCGGAGAUUACCUUCAUGGUUUUGGUACCUUCACUGGAUCUGAUGGCUCUAUUUACCGAGGAUUGUGGAGGAUGAAUAUUGUGCAUGGUUUUGGAAAGAAGCAGUAUUGUAAUUCAGACAUAUAUGAAGGUACAUGGAAGGAAGGAGUACAUGAAGGUAACGGUAGAUAUUCCUGGAACUGUGGAAAUAUGUAUAUUGGGUGUUGGAAAGGUGGGAAGAUGAGUGGUAGAGGGGUUAUGAAAUGGGCAAAUGGUGAUCUUUACGAUGGCCUUUGGUUAAAUGGGCUCAGACAUGGAUAUGGCAUUUAUAGGUUUGCAGAUGGAGGAUACUAUUUUGGAACGUGGAGUAAUGGUCUAAAGGAUGGUAAAGGAUUGUUCUAUCCCGCUGGAAGUAAACAUCCAUACCUAAAGAAAUGGUGUAGCUCCCGUAAUUUAGAGAAUGCUCAAAAGAACUUGUUACCAGAAGUAAAACCUCAGAGAUCAAUUAUUAAGAGAAGUCUCUCUGAGAAGAUUUCUGCUGGUGGAAUUUUGAAAAGUUCAAGUCGAAUAUCACACAGGGGUGUGUCAUUUAGAGAAAGUUGGAGUCGGUCUGAUUCUGCUAGAUUUUUACGUAAUGACUCCUCAUGCGCAUUGUCCCAUGGCUAUGGAGGAAGUCAAGAUGAGUCAAACGAUAGCAACGAUUUAGUUUAUGAAAGGGAAUACAUGCAAGGUGUUUUGAUUAAAGAGAAAAUAAGGAGCCAUGCAGAGAUACCAAAGAAACAAAAAGAGCACAAUGCUUUUCAUGCAGAUGAAGUAAAGAGGAACUCAUGUUACAAUAUUUUUGAUGGCCAUUGGAGCCAGUAUUUAAGACUUAAUUUGCAACUUGGUAUCAGAUAUACUGUUGGCAAGAUUACACCAGUUCCUGUGCGCGAAGUUCGAUCAUCUGAUUUUGGAGACCGGGCUAGAAUAAGAAUGUAUUUCCCCAGAAAAGGUUCUCAGUUUACACCUCCCCACUAUUCAAUUGAUUUCCACUGGAAAGAUUAUUGUCCUAUGGUGUUUAGGAAUUUGAGGGAGAUGUUCAAGUUGGAUGCGGCAGACUACAUGAUGUCCAUUUGUGGUGAUGAUGGUUUAAGGGAGCUUUCUUCUCCAGGAAAAAGUGGGAGUAUCUUCUUUCUAUCUCAUGACGAUAGAUUUGUGAUUAAGACAUUAAAAAAAUCUGAACUUAAGGUUUUGCUCAGAAUGUUGCCUAAAUACUAUAGUCAUGUAGGAGAUCAUGAAAACACUCUCAUAACAAAAUUUUUUGGACUCCAUCGGAUAAGAUUAAGAGCUGGAAGAAAGGUGCGUUUUGUGGUGAUGGGGAAUAUGUUUUAUACUGAAUUACGGAUUCAUCGUCGCUAUGAUUUGAAGGGGUCAACUCAAGGAAGAACAACAGAUCAAGAUAAAGUUGAUCAGAAUACCACGUUGAAAGAUCUAGAUCUGAUAUAUGAGUUUCAUAUGGACAAAUUAUUACGAGAAUCCCUGUUCAAACAAAUAGCAUUGGACUGUAAGUUCUUAGAAUCCCAACAGAUUAUUGAUUAUAGCCUUCUGGUGGGAUUACAUUUUAGAGCUCCUGAAAGGUUCAAGUCCUUGGAACCUCCUGAUACAACUCACACUGGGGAGAAUUUACCCUCCGAUAAUGGUGAGCAUUUACUAGGUGAAUUCCAGAUUCCUCCGACUGGCCUACGAUUAGUAACCCAUGAACCCAACUCUGUUAGUACUGCCCCGGGUCCUCACAUCAGAGGGAAGACACUAAAAGCAUACUCUAUAGGUGACAUGGAAGUUGAUGUCUUACUUCCUGGAACUGGAAGGCUACGAGUGCAAUUGGGAGUAAACAUGCCAGCCCAGGCACAACACAAGCUUCCUGCCAAUGCACAACCAGACUCUGCCGAAGUUGAACUCUUCGAGGUUUAUGAUGUUGUUCUUUACAUGGGCAUAAUUGACAUAUUGCAGGAAUACAAUGUGAAAAAGAAGCUCGAACAUGCAUACAAGUCAAUGAAAUUUGAUCCUAUUUCAAUUUCUGUUGUGGAGCCACAUUUGUAUGCUAAGCGGUUCUGUGAAUUCUUGGAGAAAGUUUUUCCAGUUAUUCCUUAAAGCUUUCUUGUUCUCUGUAAUUUUUAUUCCUAUUCCUAUUCUUUAUUUAGAAUGUACUGAAAGCUUCAUAUUUGCAUGCAAUUAAUACUUAAAGCAAUUCUUUCAUUACCAUUUAUUGUAUAGUUGUACAAUCAUGUAAUAAGUGCAUUCAGUUCAAUUUUAUGUUUUUAUGUAUAUUCAAUGUUAUGUACAAGUUCUUUCUCAA